AUGAGGCUUUCCACGAAACCCCAGAGCUUCCUGCUGGCUUCCCUGCUGCUCUGCACCCUCCUGGGUCUGGGGUACCCACUGAGCUGUGAGGUGUGUACAGGCUCCGGACCCACGUGCAGUGGAAAUGUGCAAACUUGUGACCCCGACCAGGACUCCUGCGUGGUCAUCGUGGCUCACACCAACAGGAAGGGCCACCAGUCGCUGAACACCUAUAAGGGGUGCAUGAAAUCCAGCGCCUGCAGCUCAGGAUCCGUCUCCAUCACCAUGGACCCUGAGAACUACAUGGUGUCCAACACACGCUGCUGCCAGAGCGACGUCUGCAACCACGAUCCCCUGCCCGCUCCUGAGAACAAUCGUACGGAGAAUGGCCUCCAGUGCCCUACCUGCAUCACCCACUUCAAGGAAACAUGCUCUUCAACUAAGAAAGUACUCUGUGUUGGCCAGGAAAGCCACUGUAUCACCUGUGCUGGCAAAGUGCAGACUGGUGUCAUAUUUGCUACUCGGGGCUGCGCUACAGAGAAUGCCUGCCACACCAAGCCUGGGACCCUGGUGCCCGCGGCCUCUCGUAUAUACACCAUCACCCAGGCCAACUGUCUUCCAGGCCCCCAGCCUCCUGGCAAGGCUAAGUGA